AUGUAUGCUGAAACCGAAGGAGAAGAAGGGGUUGAUGCGGUCGAAAACGAAACGGCGUAUUUGUGCAAAUCGGCAAGAUCCUACGGCUCAGGGUUCGAGGUGAGCAUGGUCAGCUGGCAUUCGAUAUCUCUAUCGAAAGACCUUUCUCCUAAUAGGGUUAACUCGAAGCAAGAUACCAUAAUUGGAAGAGCCAAUUUGGGUGAGGAACACAGAGCCAUUAUGUGCGAGGAAUAUGCCCUUUGCAUGCUUUUUGGCCAUUGCGCAUUAAAGAAGCCCGAGCAAGAUGGAGCAGCAGUGAUUAUGGAAGACAAAUGGGGUAUGGGUCUUGCUUUGGCAUCUGCAUUUGUGGGUGACAAGGGGGCCUGUGUCUUUGUAGCCUUCAUGGGGUCUGGCGAAGAAAAAUACUCCCCCGAAAAGUAUCGUUGGAUCACAGGAGCCAGAUUGAAGUAG